AUGUCGGUGUGUUGCGUGGCCAGCGGACGUGGCGGCUCCCUGGCGGCCAGCGGCGGCGAGGACGGAAGGAUCAUCCUCACCCAGAUCCCGUCGGGCAUGGUGGAGGCCCGAUUGGACCAUCAUCGGGGUGGCAUCUUGCACCUGGAGAUCGAUCCGCAGAACGAUAUACUCGUGGCGGGGUCUGCGGAUCAGACGCUGUCCAUCUGGUCGCUGGACACGUCUUUCCAUCUGCUCAAUGACGUCUCGUUGAACGCGGAGCUCGUCUCCCUUGCCGUGUCCCCCGACUCCAUCUUCCUAUUGGCUGCCUGCUCCGAUGACGUCAUCUAUGUCGUCUCCCUCGCCACGGGCACCUUCGUCCGGACGCUGCAUAAGAUCACCACCUCUCACAUUACAGGGAUUUAUGCGGCCGAGGACAGCAAGCGAGCUGCAAUCUGCUACCAAAACGGACUGGUGGGAAUCUUCGACUAUGUUUCUGGGAAGGAAGUGGAGAUUUCCUCCAGUGGGGUCCCGACUGCUUCGUCCGUUUGUGGAACCGCAGGAGACAAGUUCCUCUUCAUUGCAGGAGGAAACGGGGUGAGUAUAUUGAGUUUCGUGCCGCCCGGAGAGACGGCUCAUUCCCAAGAGGUUACGUGCAUCGACAUGACUUCGGAUGGCUCCUUACUCGUUUCGGGUUCCAAGGACGGUCAGUUGAAGGUGUGGAGAUGGCCCGGAGGCGAUCACCACUCCACGCUGGUGGGGCACGGAAAAGCGGUGAACUGCGUGUCCUUCGCCCCCAACGCCCUGUUCCUCGUCUCGGGCUCCCUGGACCACUCCAUCCGGGUGUGGAGCCUCACGCUGGGCCUCCACGUCCGGGUGAUGAAGGCCCACGAGAACAGCGUGGAGGCCGUGAAGGUGUUCCCCGACAGCCGGCGGGUGGUGUCCGCGGACAACUCGGGCACGGUGAUCAUCUGGCGGUCGGACACCCUCACGCAGCUGGCUUCCUUCAGGGCUCUGCAUCUGCAGCUCGGGGUGACCAAAGACGCCAGAUACGUCGUCUGCUCCUCCCUCGAUUCCAGUAUUCCUUGGCGUGCGAUUGGUGUUGCUGAAAGCACUGUCUCCCCCAGCCUGCAGGUGUGUCCUCUUCUGAACCCGGAGAAGAGUUACCGGGUGAGUCACAAAGAUGCGAUCCUCUGCUGGGCCCUUUCCCCCGACUGCCUCCGGCUCAUCACGGGGUCGGCCGAUACCUCUCUCAAAGUCUGGAAUCUCGACGGAGGCAAACUCGAACAGAUUGCGACCAUGCAAAUGAAGGACUCCACUCGAGGAGUAGAGGAAUCUGCAUGA